CAGUACACAGCAGCAGCUGCAGCAGCAGAAGAAAAAGACAUAUUGCUAAAAGUUUUAAAAUCGUGAUUUUCUAACUAAACCAAGAAAGACAGAUGCAGUCGCUGCAGGAGAAGGCGGCGGAAUGGAGUGGGGUGGACGCUGAGGACGCCUUUGCCAUCGACGGCACCAAUCUUUAUGAGAAGCUCGGCCUCCAGACUUUCAUCAACCUCUCCACCAACUUCUAUGAGAGGGUAUAUGCUGAUGAGGAAGAGUGGUUUAGGUCAAUAUUUUCAAAGUCAAAGAAGGAAGAUGCCAUUCAAAAUCAGUAUGAGUUCUUUGUGCAAAGAAUGGGAGGGCCUCCUCUUUACUCUCAGAGAAAAGGCCAUCCUGCUUUGAUUGGACGCCAUCGUCCAUUUCCAGUCACCCAUCGAGCUGCUGAGAGGUGGUUAAACCACAUGCAACAAGCCUUGGACGCAACUUCAGAUAUUGACUUGGAUUCUAAGACUAAAAUGCUGAACUUUUUCAGGCACACUGCAUUCUUUCUCGUCGCUGGAGAUGAGUUGAAGAAUCAGAAUCAAGCAGCUCCUUGCAAGAAUUGCAAGCAUCCAGGCAAACACGGUGCAGUGUAACUUCAUGAUGACAAGAUUGAUUGUUACACUAAUUAAAAUUGAAGUGUGUACGUGGUUUACACGAAAUAGAUCCAUAAAACAUUACUGUCAUCAAUGAAAUCUUGAAUAUUGAUAAUUCCAUUUGCAGGGGAUUGAUACUUCCCUUUUAUGUAUAGCACUGCGAACUGAAAUCUUAUAAUUCGUGUUGCAUUGGAUGGAUGCUUUCCAUGUAAGGCAUACUAAUGCUCUCAGCACAUGCUUUAAUCCCCCAUCAUGGAAUCGGAAUUGAAGAUUUCAUUAA